GUGUGUGUGUGUGUGUGUGUGUGUGUGUGUGUGUUCUGGUAAUCAUCACUUUGUGGGGACAAGAAUCUGUUUACACAGUCACGUAAUGGGGACCUCUUGCGUUGUGGGGACCAAAAAUCAGGUCCCCAUAAGGUUAACCCAUUUAAUUGGAUAGAGGAACUAUUCUGAAGGUUCUGGGCGGAGUUUUAGCAUUGGCCCAUAACACAUGAUUAUCAAGUAUUGUGCGUGUGUGUAGCGGGAGCUCUGCUGCGCCCCCAAACAUUUUUGUCUGGUAAUGCACUCACUUCUCCACACACACAUUUUCCAAUUAUGGGUGGGUACCGCCCACUUCCGGGUCCUCGUUAGGAAGGAGUUCGACAGCAACUUGAAAAUACAAGUAUUAAAUUGACAACGUUACUUCACACGGAGAACAAAGAAGAAGAUUAACGUUAUUUACUGAAGAUGCCAACGAUCUGAACUUCUGCCGAGGAUAAAAGUGAAGCUUAAGGUAAGCACACAUAAUAAAUCAAUUAGGUUAAUUAGAUUAGUCUGCGGGCUAGCUAGUUAGUGCUAAUUGUUGAGGCUAACGCAGUUACAUGUUUCUCUGUUUUUCCAAUUAGCGAUCACAUAAUCAUGCAAUUUAAUGUUAAGGACUUAAUUUUAACUGAAAAGUGUUGUGUAGUCUGACUGAUUGCUAAUGGAUUCGGUUUUUAAGGUUGUUUUUGUCUAGUUUGCGCUAGUGCUGGACGGUGGCUUAUUUUAUAUUUUAAAUUGAAGAUAUCUUACAUGUAACGUUAACACGUUUGACUGAUCAAUAAUUGUUUUUACAUUUAAAUUAACUCCAUAGGCAGCAUAUACAAGCCACAGAUCUUGACCAAAGUGCUUAACAGAGAAAUUAGGUUGGCUAAAAUAAAACAAAAACUAAAAUAGAAAGUAGCUUUAAGAAUAAACUUAAUUUUAAUUAUGACGGUAGUUAAAAUAAACUGGGGUUUGUAUGGUGAGCUCGUUCAAAAGAGUAACUUGGUUAGGUUAAGGACCAAAUGAAUAGUUAAAUAAUUGCCAAGGCUAAUGUUACCUGAAAUAAAAUAGAAGAUGGUGAGUUGAUGCUCUCAAGGCUAGCAUUGUUGUGCCAGUCAAUAAAUCUAAUAUUAUUUUAUAGAGUUCAUAUGUCUUGUCUUACACUGAUGCAUACAAUAUCAUUGUAAUGCUGUAACAUUACAAUACCAUUUUUAUCUACUUCUUGAACAUAUUAGUUGAAUUCUGCGUGUCUUCAUUUUCAGUGUAAUUAAUUUCACAUGUUUUUAUUUUUCAUCAGUUUGAAAUGCCACCACGAAUCAGCCCCCUUAAGGAUGCCAUGCAUCAUGUUGUUUCAAAAACUGACAAAACAUUCAAAUUAGAUGUGAAGUAUAUCAAUGCAGUGAAAGGACGUGGUCUAUUUGCAAAGGCUGCCUUUUGCAAAGGUGAUUUUGUUGUUGAGUACAGGGGAGAUAUGAUAAAUGAAGCAGAACUUCAGAGGAGAAGAAAACGUUACCACGCAUCCUGUGCUGCAUUUAUGUUUGAUUUCAAGUGGCGAGGGAAAACAUGGUGUAUUGACGCGUCAAGGGAAGAUGGAUCGUAUGGGCGUAUCGCUAAUGAUUGCCACAAUCAUCCAAAUUGUAAGAUGAAAAAAAUUGACGUCAAUGGAAAGCCUCACCUUUGUCUGUUUGCCCUGAAUGACAUUAAAGAAGGAGAAGAAAUUGCCUAUGAUUAUGGGGGAGAAGACUACCCAUGGAGAACACAAAUGACCAGAGUUGCUGUUAAUACCAGCACAGUGAAUGACUCUGAUCCUUCUCUCCAGUCAGUGACUCAGAUGGAUGAAGAAUCUGCUCAAAUCAACUCUCCUCAACAGAUGACCAGAGUUGCUGUUAAAACCAGCACAGUGAAUGCCUCUGAUCCUUCUCUCCAGUCAGUGACUCAGAUGGAUGAAGAAUCUGCUCAAAUCAACUCUCCUCAACAGAUGACCAGAGUUGCUGUUAAAACCAGCACAGUGAAUGCCUCUGAUCCUUCUCUCCAGUCAGUGACUCAGAUGGAUGAAGAAUCUGCUCAAAUCAACUCUCCUCAACAGAUGACCAGAGUUGCUGUUAAUACCAGCACAGUGAAUGACUCUGAUCCUUCUCUCCAGUCAGUGACUCAGAUGGAUGAAGAAUCUGCUCAAAUCAACUCUCCUCAACAGAUGACCAGAGUUGCUGUUAAUACCAGCACAGUGAAUGACUCUGAUCCUUCUCUCCAGUCAGUGACUCAGAUGGAUGAAGAAUCUGCUCAAAUCAACUCUCCUCAACAGAUGACCAGAGUUGCUGUUAAUACCAGCACAGUGAAUGACUCUGAUCCUUCUCUCCAGUCAGUGACUCAGAUGGAUGAAGAAUCUGCUCAAAUCAACUCUCCUCAACAGAUGACCAGAGUUGCUGUUAAAACCAGCACAGUGAAUGACUCUGAUCCUUCUCUCCAGUCAGUGACUCAGAUGGAUGAAGAAUCUGCUCAAAUCAACUCUCCUCAACAGAUGACCAGAGUUGCUGUUAAUACCAGCACAGUGAAUGACUCUGAUCCUUCUCUCCAGUCAGUGACUCAGAUGGAUGAAGAAUCUGCUCAAAUCAACUCUCCUCAACAGAUGACCAGAGUUGCUGUUAAUACCAGCACAGUGAAUGACUCUGAUCCUUCUCUCCAGUCAGUGACUCAGAUGGAUGAAGAAUCUGCUCAAAUCAACUCUCCUCAACAGAUGACCAGAGUUGCUGUUAAUACCAGCACAGUGAAUGACUCUGAUCCUUCUCUCCAGUCAGUGACUCAGAUGGAUGAAGAAUCUGCUCAAAUCAACUCUCCUCAACAGAUGACCAGAGUUGCUGUUAAAACCAGCACAGUGAAUGACUCUGAUCCUUCUCUCCAGUCAGUGACUCAGAUGGAUGAAGAAUCUGCUCAAAUCAACUCUCCUCAACAGAUGACCAGAGUUGCUGUUAAUACCAGCACAGUGAAUGACUCUGAUCCUUCUCUCCAGUCAGUGACUCAGAUGGAUGAAGAAUCUGCUCAAAUCAACUCUCCUCAACAGAUUGUGAUACAGCACCGAAAUGAAAAUGACAUUUUUGUACCAAGACUGAGACGGACUAAAAGUAUUGUGAUAAAAGACAUUGAUCUUCAAGAUUCUGGUGAGCUCUUUGAUUCUACACCAGAGAGUUCAGAUAAUUAUGUUCCAGAUACCACUUCCGACAGUGACUGUGACAGUGAUGUUAGCCUUACACUGAACCCAACAAAACGUCAGCUUCUUGAUCAACUGGAUAUGAAUGAAUCUGCCUCUGUAAGCUCCCCUGACUGUGACUCAACAACGUCAGACAAUAUGCACAGCGUUACGUCUAAAGCAUCUGGAACAGUAGAAGAGCCCAGUUCAAGUCAGAACACAAUAGACUGCGUAGUUGUUAAUGCAUACCAUAAAAAGAGAUGGUGGUAG